ACAUAUAAUAUUACGGUUACCAUAUUAUUUAACUACUGUCUACGUCUACAUCUACAAUUCCACAUCUCAAUUCUCACCACUUAAUUACUUUUGAGUCGACUUAAAAAAGGAGGAGGUUCUCAAUUCUGCUGAUAUCUGUUCUUUUCUUAUCGCUUAAUGAAAUUACAGUUCUUUUAUACUUGGUUACUUUGCUAAGCACCAAUAAUAUUCAAAAGCGAGUAGGUACUUAAUGUUAAAUACGGUAAUUGUUAAUUAUGCUCCUUGCGUACUUAACUUUGAUAUUUUUAAGUUAAGCUUAGGUAAAUAGAGACCUACCAAACCUUGCAAAUGUCUGUUUCUAUUUUUAUUUUGCAUUUUAUUUCACACCUUUAGGAAUAAAUUGUACCAACUGCCGAUAAAAAAUACUACCAGUUUCUAUGAAAUCUUAGGUGAUUUUUUUAAGUUAUAUGAACUUAAUUCAGAUUCAUAGUAGAUAUACUUACUAUAAACUGAGAGUAGGCAAUGAAUAGGUAACUUUCAAAUGUGAAAACCAAAAUUGUUACCUGGGUAGUACCAAGAACGAAUCCUUUGCAAAAGCUUUUACGGUAUACAAGCACACUAGAAACAUGAUUGGGCUGAGCCGCCGAACAACGUCUUGUCCGUCACGCAUAUGGUUGUAUUUUGUACGCUAGCAGGCGGUAUUUGUUUCGCGAGUGUGACACAGCAGCCGCCGCCGCCAGUGCCGCCACACAGCGUCGCACUAUCCCGCGCCCUCCCUACUCCCUUCAUCCAUCAGUCAGUCACUCUACAGCACGCGCGGGGGACGGUCGCUCGUUUUCUCGCUUCGCCCAACAUUCACGCGGACAACUGGGUCAAAGGCUUCGUGCUCAGAUUGAAUCCUUAUACGUCCAGGAUAGUGAACGAUAUCAGUGCAAGUGAAAUAGAAUUAAAGUUAGUGAUAUUAUUAAAUAAACUUGCGGCUCUUUUGAAGUGUACGGGAUGCGUGCGUGAGCGCAGCGCAUGACGUGCUACGAAACGUUGAGAGCUCCGGCACCCGCCGCGGACGCCCCCAUGGCGCACCACUUCGUCAAGUGGUGGCGCAACAAGUUUAGAAAUGGAUACAAGAAAUUUAGCAUUGGCACUGAGAGUGAGCGGACGGACACCGAGGAGUUGGUCGGACGAGCUGCCUCCCAGUGUUCAGCACCGCCCGACUUGUUACCAAGCGAGGCCCGAGCGUUACUGCGGCCGAGCACUCCACCAGCGCCACCACCGCGGACACAUGAGCCCCCUCACAGACUACCAUCACCACCCACCCCGGCGGCGGAAAACAAUGAUGAUAAACCUAGAUUAAGAUUUGAGGAACUAACGUGUGAUGUCGAACUGCAGCACCCAGAGCCUUCUAAGCAACAACCGCUACAGUUCUCUUUUACACUUUACGAUCUGGAUGGACACGGUCGAAUGACCAAGGACGAUAUAGCUGGCAUCGUGUCAACAAUAUAUGAAUCUAUAGGGAAAUCUGUGACAGUGCCACACUAUGGAUCAAAAACAAUUCAAGUAAGGUUAACAGUAGUACCAGAAGGCGGUAGUAGUAGAAACCACAGAGAAAGGCGAGAGGCACGAAGACGCCGGCGUAGAGAAUGUUCAUCAAAUGCUAAUACCGCCCCACCUAAUUGUAAUGAUCUUAGUGAGGAUGAGCAACGGGACAGACUGUCACCUGAUGAUGACGUGUCUUCAAAAUCCUCGUGCUCGGGCGAUAGAAGGCCAGCUCAAAGGCAAAAUACCUUUGCUCAAUCUCGAACACACCGCCAACCACGCAAAGAACAUCGUGAACGUAAACAUACCAAAAAGCGAUCUGGAAGCCUACAGAGACGUGAAUUACUAGAAAUCAUCCAAGCCAACAUGGAGAAAAACCAUCUGAGCUUUCAAGCUUCGAGAAAGCCCUGCGAAACUGCUGGCAACGAUGACGAAGUAAUUAACAAAUAUCAUAAACUCAGAAAUAGAUCUUACACGGUCAGUGAUAAACCGAUGAAUGCAUUCCAAAAAAAGAAAUCUGAGAAUUCGGGUAACGGAUACUUGGAUCUAGCAAGUGGCGGUGACUCGCACUUAUGUAGGUACGACCGUUACCUGCACGCGGUGAUAUGUUCGUCAGCGCGGCAUGCGAAUACUGGGUACCAUCAGAAGCAGUCGCAGGCGCCGCGGCCGCCGCGCGCGCCGCACGCCCACCACGGGCGCUCUCGGUCGCACGACUUACCCGCACAAGUCCACUCCACGCAACAACCUAGAGUAUUACAAAUUAUAUUCUUAUAGAACUUAAGAAGGGGCAUAGCCACUAACGGUUUUGUCCUUUUUUCUUGUUGACUGUUUGUGCGUGUCUUUGUGUUAUGAUUGUAAUUAAUUUGUUGAGUUACCAAGAAUCAUUCUGAUAGCAACUUUAUUGUUUAGCAAAGGGUGAAAUUAAAUUUUCAGAACAGUUGAAACACUAUACCUUUAUAACUUGUUCUAUAGAAUACAAAAGAAUGUUCUAGCAAUAUCUCAGUGUUACAGAUCUGCGAUAAGAAUGAUUAAUUUUAUUUUUCAACUAGUGAACCUAAUAUGGUCACAGUCGCCAGGAAAUUGACGAUUAUGGUGUUAGUACUUAUGCGAGCAGUUUUGUUUCAUAUGUCACACUAAUAUUAUUAGCUUGUUAAGUGACAUGCACACGGCCUUAAAGUUCCAUUUGUGAAAGUGCCUUUACUUGGUAACAAUGAUGUUAGUGAAUCUGAGGUGGCAAGUUCAAGAUGUAAUGUAUACUGAUAGGUGAUAAUGCUCAGUAGACUAUGUACCUUUAAUUACAAGACUCAAAUAAGAGUUUCAUAGACUGAUUUUAGUUUUAAGUGUUAGGUACUUCAGAUAUCAUAGUUUAUAAACGUUGUUAUGUGGAACACUCAUGUACAUUAACAAAAAAAAAACAAUACAAAAGGAAAAAAUAAACUACAGCAAUCAUAAGAUAUUCCCAGUACCCUCUAACAAAGUUAAAAUUCAACGAAGCCCCAUCUCAUUACCAAUAUCAGUAUUUGUUAUUUUAAGUUUAUGAAUGGAAGAAUCUCUAUGUUUUAUCUACCUCUAUUUUGCUUUCAUAAUAUAUUUAUAACUUAUUGUGGAUGGCUUAAUUGUAAUGUUAAUUUAAAAUAAGCAGGUAGGUUUUGUGAUAAUUUUAUAAGUAAAAAAUUGUAUGUAAUGAAUUCCAACUGAAAAUUGAUGAUCAGUUGUCAAUGUACAAUGUGUACAAAGUGCUCUAUCUUGUCAAAAAUAUUUAUUGUCAAAUAUAAUCAUGAGAAAUUACAA